AUGGUGAAUUUGACAAAACUCGCCGCUACGGUUAAUCGCACUCCCAUUAAUGCACCAUAUAGUGUCAAUGCUAUUAGAAAACUUUUAGAUGGUUCCAAAUAUGUUCAUAAAGAAUCUCGAAAAAUUCUUACUCCCUCCUGGAUUGUUGGUGCAAGCCGACGGUUUGAUGGCUCGAUCCAUUUAAAAACAACUUUGAGUGGUGAAUUAUUUGGUAAUAUUCAAAAGCGUUUAUCUUCUUCAGCAGCAGUUGAUUCUAGUAAAUCAACUAUAGUACCAGAUUUUUCUGGUUAUAAAAAAUAUAGUGGACCAAAUACUAGUCGUACAUUUACUUAUUUAAUGGUUGGAGCAACUGGUACAUUAACGGCUGCGGGAUCUAAAGCCUUUGUUACCGAUUUUCUUGCAAAUUUAAGUGCAUCUGCUGAUGUUUUAGCUAUGGCUAAAGUUGAAGUGGAUUUAUCAAAAAUUCCCGAGGGUAAAAACCUUACCAUUAAAUGGCGUGGUAAACCUAUUUUUAUAAGGCAUAGAACUCUGGAUGAAAUUUCUGAAGCGAAUUCUGUACAAUUAUCGGAUCUUAAAGAUCCUCAAACCGAUGCUGAAAGAACGAAAAAUCCUGAAUGGUUGGUUAUGCUUGGAGUGUGUACUCAUUUAGGUUGCGUUCCAAUUGGGGAGGCUGGUGAUUAUCAUGGCUGGUAUUGUCCUUGUCAUGGUUCUCAUUAUGAUAUAUCAGGUCGAGUUAGAAAAGGACCUGCUCCUCUUAAUCUUGAAGUUCCAGAAUAUAGUUUUGAAAAUGAAACUAAACUUGUUAUUGGAUAA